UUGCCUGAGCCGGGCGGGUUGCUCGACGGAUACCAGACGGGCCCGGCGUACGACGAAGCGUUCGAGCCCGACGGGUCUGUCCGCGACGCCUACAGCCGCAUCGUCGAGCGGUUCCGCGAUCUGGACGUCGGCGAGGUGCAGCGUCUCGAGAAGCUCGUCGCCGACGAGUUCCGCCGCCAGGGAAUCACCUUCACCGUGUACAGCGAGGAGGACGGAACCGAGCGCAUCUGGCCCAUGGACCUGUUCCCCCGCCUCAUCGCCGCGGCCGAGUGGGACGAGCUGGCUCGGGGCCUCAGCCAGAGGGUGGCGGCGCUCAACUGUUUCUUGGCCGAUCUGUACUGUGGCGAGGGCGCGGCCAUCGCCGAUGGGGUGCGUCCCUACUCCGCGCACUGCACCGUCGCCGGGAUCGACGUGGUGCGCGGCGCCGACGGCCGCUACCGGGUGCUGGAGGACAACCUGCGCAGCCCCAGCGGCAUCUCCUACGUGGUCGAGAACCGGGCGGCCAUGGCCAAGGCCUGCAGCUGGCUGUUCUACGACCACGCGGUGCAGCCCACCGAGCAGUACGGGCAGAUGCUGCGCUCCACGCUGGAGUCGAUGGCCCUUGGGGAGGACUCCCCGCACAUCGUCGUGCUGACCCCGGGCAUAUUCAACGCCGCCUACUUCGAGCACGCCUUCCUGGCCCGCUCCAUGGGCGUGGAGCUGGUCGAGGGCCGGGACCUGGUGGUCGACGAUCACACGGUGUACUCCCGCACCAUCGAAGGGGCUGGUGAAGGUGGACGUGAUCUACCGGCGCAUCGAUGA